GAGCCCGCGACCAAUCGCCGCCUUCGUUCAGCCCCUCCCCCCACGGACCCGCCCUCUUCCUCGCGUCUCCACCAAUCGUCGCUCACCGACUCGCUUCGUCCCAACCAAUCAGCCGCGAGAGGCCCCCCCCAGCAUGUGAUGGCGAGCGAGACAGGGGCCCCCCCAAACCGCCCCCCCCCGGCCCCCCCAAACCCCCCCCCCCGUUUUCGGGAGGGGCAGGACGUCCUGGCGCGCUGGACCGACGGGCUCCUCUACCUGGGCACCAUCAAAAAGGUAGACGCGGGGCGCCGGGGCUGCCUGGUCCAAUUCGAAGAUAAUUCCCAAUUCCUCGUUCUUUGGAAAGACAUCAGCCCCGCGGCGGUGCCCGGUGAGGAACAAUCCUGCUGCGUCUGCUCCGGCCGAGCCCUGAACCCCGAAAAUCUCCUGGUUCGUUGCCAAAAGUGCGGCCACGCCUACCACCAGCAGUGCCACCUCCCCGCCGCCCACCCCGUCGGUCCCUGGAUGUGUCGGCGUUGCGUCUUCGCCGUCGCCACCAAGAGAGGGGGAGCCCUAAAAAAAGGCCCCCACGCCAAAGCGAUGCUCAGCAUGAAAACCGUCCUCCCCUACCAGCUAAAAACCCUGGAGUGGGACCCCCCCCACCUCACCAACCGCCAACAGUGUUACUGCUAUUGCGGGGGGCCCGGAGAGUGGAAUUUGAAGAUGCUGCAGUGCCGCGCCUGCGCCCAGUGGUUCCACGAAGCCUGUACCCAGUGUCUGAGCAAACCCCUUCUCUACGGGGACCGGUUUUACAUCUUCGAGUGCUGCGUCUGCACCGGCGGGGUGGAGAGCGUCCGGCGGCUGCCGCUGCGAUGGACUCCCCCCUUACCAUUUUCGGGGUCCCCCCCCCCAAAAAAAAGGGUGGACGUCGCCCACCUCAUCCUCUACCACCUGAGCGUCUGCUGCAAGAAAAAAUAUUUCGAUUUGGAGCGCGAGAUCCUGCCCUUCACCAACGCCAACUGGGACGCCCUCCUGCUCGGACAGCUCGCUGACACCCCCAAAGGAGAACGGUACGGGCAGCUGCUGGGGGCUCUGAGCACUCAUAAGGACAGGUUCAUCUCCGGCCGCGAGAUCAAGAAGCGCAAGGGGCUCUUCGGGCUGCACACGCGGGCGCCCCCCCCUCUGCCCCCCAAUUUUUUGGGGGGGCCCCCCCUUCCCGGCCCCCCCCCCGCUCACCGACAGCAGGUGAGCGGCCUCGGCCGCCCUCUGCCCCUGCUAGCUUCCCCUCAGGGCAGGGAAAAGGGGGGGCCCGGCGGCGCCCGCCCCCCCGCCGCACCCAGGGUCCCCCCGGAGGUUCCUAUAACUUCCGACGUACCGACGCUCGCUGCCCCCCCAGCACCCCCAUCCGGAUGUUCGCCUCCUUCCACCCCUCCGCCAACACGGCCCCCAGCCUCAGCUCCGCCGCCAGCCCGGACCCCGAGAGCCCGGAGCGCCCCUCCCCCCGCCGCCCCUCCCCCCGCCGCCCCCGCCCCUCCCCCCGCCCCAAGCGCCGCCCCUCCCCCCCCACCCCCCCCACCUUCCCCUCCCCCCUCCGCUCCUCCCCCCCCUCCCCCCCCCCGUGGGGGCCCCACCCGUGUCCUGGCCCGGCGCGUGACCCUCGACGGGACCGUCCAGUACCUGGUGGAGUGGGGGGGGGGGGGGAUCCUCUGAGACCCCCCCUAAAACCGGGGGGGGGAGGG